AUGGAGGGCGAUGGCUUUGACUGCCAGGAUGUGAAUGAAUGUGGGCAGAACUCUACCCUGCCAAACAACUGCAGCUCCCAGGCGUCGUGCCUCAACACAGACGGGUCCUACAUCUGUCGGUGCCGGGAUGGAUACCAGGGUGACGGCUUUGUUUGUGAUGAUAUGGAUGAAUGCCAGCUGGACACCACCUGCAGCAGAAACAUGUCGUGCAGCAACACUCCUGGUUCUUAUGCAUGUUCCUGUAUCUUGAGCGUGGUGUAUGAAGAGGGUACAUGUGUGAGUGAAGACACCUGCCUGAAUGCUAGUAAGGUCUGCCAUGCAGAAGCCAAGUGCCAGCCACAUCAGGGCUCCUUCUACUGCCAAUGCCAAGACGGUUACAUAGGAAGUGGCACAGAAUGCUUGGAUGUGAAUGAAUGUGAACAAUCGGAAAGUGAAGUCUGCCCUAGCUUCUCCUAUUGCUUCAACACCAAUGGCUCCUAUCUCUGUAACUGCUGGGAAGGGUUUCAAGACAACGGGACACAUUGCCAGGACAUGGAUGAAUGUUUGAUGGGAAACUUCACUUGCCCCAACAACAGUACCUGUUCUAACACUGAAGGGAGCUAUGAAUGUACCUGUGUAGACGGCUUCUCUGCCAAUGGUUCCCUGUGUUUGGAUGUAGACGAGUGCUCCCUUGGUGUAAUCCAGUGCCCUGAUUCCUCCAACUGCCUGAACACAGUUGGAUCUUAUGUCUGCGAGUGUUGGGAAGGAUACCGAGGCAACAACACCGUCUGUAGGGAUAUAGAUGAAUGUCUGCACAACUCAACCUGCCCUGAAUAUAGCACGUGCAUCAACACAAAUGGAAGCCACCAGUGUGUCUGUGAUGCAGGGUUUUCCAGCGUUAAUGACUUGUGUGUGGACGUUGAUGAAUGCAGUAACAAGGGCGCUGGGGAUCUUUGCACCAACGGCACUUGUGUGAAUGCUAUUGGCUCAUAUUACUGUGAGUGCAAGAAAGGAUUCUGGAGUAACGGGACAGAGUGCAUGGAUGUCGAUGAAUGCUUGUCCUCCCUAAACUCUUCAGUGUGUCAACCCUACUCAGCAUGCAUCAACACCCCUGGCUCCUUCCGUUGCCCCUGUAAUGAGGGGUUCAUACUGAAUGGUACAAAGUGUCAGGAUGUGGAUGAGUGUCAUGAUCCAAAUGGCACCCCUUGCCCUGAACACUCGUUAUGUAACAACACAGCAGGAUCCUUCUUCUGUCUGUGUUCACCUGGGUACAAGCCUGUUAGCCUGGGCUGUGAGGAUAUCAAUGAAUGCAGUGACAACACCACCUGUCGUUUUGACCAGGUGUGCACCAACCUGCCAGGGACAUUCGACUGCUCCUGUCCGCUGGGGCAUCACGAGGAAGAAGAGGCAUGCGUCGACUCCAAUGAAUGUGACAAUUCUCCAUGCCACCCCUUGGCACGAUGCUGGAACACCCCUGGCUCCUUUUCAUGCCACUGCCCACUCGGCUUUGCUGGAAAUGGCUCCUGGUGCAAAGACGUGGAUGAGUGUGUCGCCUUGACCAAACCGUGUCACCACCUCGCUCGCUGCUACAACACCCCCGGAUCUUUUGUAUGUGUGUGCAUGCCCGGUUAUGUAAGUAUCGGGCCUCAGUGUGUCGACUUUGACGAGUGCCAAGAGGAUAACGGGCAGUGUCACUCAGCUGCCACCUGCUCCAACUAUGCAGGAGGUUUUAAAUGCUCCUGCACGCAGGGCUGGCAUGCUACCAAAGACAAUGGUCAUGGAAAAGAAGGAUGUGUUGAUUGGGAUGAAUGUGCAUCACCCAAAACAUGUCCAGGACAAACAUCCUGCACCAACCUGCCAGGGACUUACAACUGCUCCUGUCCCCAAAACAGCACAGUGUGCAGAAAGAUGCUGCAGAAUGGUCAGCUAUGUUAA